AUGCCUCCAAAAGACACAGACGACAUCAAGGCACUCGAGUCCCUCGUCCAAACAGCCUCCGCCCUCCUGACUCAACUUCAAGCCGUUCUAUCUGAAAUACACAAAGCUCCCGACUCCGCAUCCGCCAGCUCGUCCUCACCGUCUCCCGAGCCAGACCCAAAGAUCAAUGCCCUGUCGCUCGCCCACGACUCCGCAUCCCUCAUCCGCGCCCACGGCACCAAGAUUUCCCUCCUGAUAAUCAACGAGCCAUUCACGCCGAGCGCCGUCUCAACCGUCGUGCGGGAGCUUGUCGCAGGCCCUAUCCCCGGACUAGUCUCCGCUGCCGAAGCAUGUGCGCCGAAGCAAUACACGGCCGUUGUCCGCAGAGAACUAGCCUGGCGUGCGCAGCGCGUCCUCUCCGAACUCCAACAACUACUACAGAAGAUCCCCAACGACGGCAAGAUCCUUUCAGAAAGCAAGAGGGAAGGGUUUGCAAAGGGUGAAAAGGGCAGUCUGCCAGCCACGGGUCUCCUGUGGUCGGCAUGCGACAAUGUCAUUGACCUUUCGAAAAUGGGCGUGGGGGGGUUCUUUAUCCAAAAAGUCGACCAGUGGCGGGAUAUUCUCAACGACGUCAUGGAAGAGAUGAAGGAAUGGGGUGACGAAGAACCAGACUCCGACUCCGACUCCGAUCCCGACGUCAACAACCUGUCCGACCAACUCGGCUCCCAAUCCCUCUCCGCCCAAGCCAUGCUCGACUCCCUCAUGAACUCGCAUCAAACAAUCCCCUCCUCCGACCCAGACCGCAUCCGGCCCCGUCUCGAAACGUCCCUCAAGCGCCUCCGCCUCGUCACCCUCCUCUACCAAGCCCUCACCAAGCGCCGCCUCAAAAAGCUCCCGCCUCUCCCACCCCAAAACCCCGACUCCAACAUCCCCUCUCGCCUGGACGAAAUGGCCAAGGUUCUCGCCAAGCUACCCGACAGCUUCGGGGACCUGGCAUGCGCCUUUUACGAGCUGCAGCCAUCCGAGAUUGACAAGACCAUGGACCAGUGCUUCCUGGAUGCCUUUGCCGCCAGCGAGUUGUUUGCGAAAGAUUGGCAAGACGGACGGGAUGCGUUUUCAGAAUGGACGGACAAGUUCCAGGCGGAAAUAAAAAAGAUAUAA